GAAAUUCUCUCGCAGUGUCAAGUGCGCUUAUGCCGUGUGCGGGCUGCGAACGCGGCGUGUCGUUGAUGUCCUAUCAGUUGCACGGCGGCGGUGGUACGAAGCGAACGAUGCAUUUACCGCCACCAGCAAAGUGAUGAUUAAUCUCGCGACUAGCACGUAAAACACGCGCGUUUCGAUCAUUUAUUUCAAAUUCUCAGUGGUGACAAGUUGGAAAAUAUUUUGAAAAUACAUUUACAACUGGACAUUUUGAAGUUUAUUCUUAUUUUAAAUUGACUUUGCAAUGGGGUGUUUAAUAUGUUCAGCUGUGCUCUAUGGCUUACCUUUCUUAUACGCAGCGGUCGUCCUGGCGUGGAAAAACAGUCCUCGAGCGAAGGCCUUGAUUAAAUUCAGUCUUUACGCUGUUCUCAGUGUUGUCGCUGCAACUCUGCCAAUUCCAUUAAUGCUUCUGCGACCGAAGAGCAGCAAAAAUGCCCUAUUUCCGGCGGCGUGCUUGCGAGUCUUCGCCCGAUAUGUUCUCGGCGUGGAGUUUACCGUCAAGGGCAAGGAACACAUCGCCAAAGAUACAGGCUGUGUCAUCGUCAUUAAUCAUCAAAGCGUCGUCGAUCUAAUAGUUCUCGCUGAAUUGUGGCCGAUAAUCGAUCGAUGCACUGUGAUCUCAAAGAAGGAGAUCUUUUAUAUUUGGCCGUUUGGACUUGCCGCAUGGUUAUGGGGCACAAUAUAUAUCGAUAGAUUAAAUGGCGCACGUGCAAAGGACUCUAUUAACAAUACCGGUACAUUGAUACGCGAACGCAAACAUCGAGUUCUUAUGUUCCCUGAAGGUACACGCAGUUUGAAAGAUCAACUCUUACCUUUCAAGAAGGGCGCUUUCCAUCUCGCUGUAGCUUCACAAUGUCCAAUUCAACCGGUGGUUGUUGAGAAAUAUCACUUCUUGGGCAAACAUCGUUUUGACAGCGGACGAAUCGAUAUUGAAAUCUUACCGGUGAUUCCUACCGAAGGAUUGAGCUCUGAAAAUUUACCAGAGGUGAUUGAUAAGACAUAUCGCAUUAUGCAAGACCAGUUGGACCUUAUGUCGUCGAAACAUGAUGCUUGCGCACCUAACAACAACGUUGUCAACUCCAAACACGCAUUAGACUGAUUUACCACAACUUAUCAUUAAAUAACUGACCACAAAAUUAACAACAAAAGACACAACACGUAAGAGAACAAGGAUAUUUUAAUAAAAAGACAUAUCGAGUAAAAGUGUAUUCAACAAGUUGGUAUGGGAACAGAACAAGUAAAGUUAAUAGAAAUGUCUUUUAUUUGAUCUACAGAACACCUAGUUUUAAUAUAUUAUUGUUAUUAUAUUUACAUACUUAAUAAUAGUUACAACAAAGCUACACCAAUUGUGUUAAACUGUUAGUUGAUAAAACUCAACACAAGUUUCCAGAUAAAUUUAUAAUAAAACAUCUGAUAACUGUACAUAUACAAUAUACAAACAGAACUAUGUCAAAAAAUGGUUUUAUAACGACUGGUGACAUUUAUUGUUUACUUGUGGGAAUUUUCAUUUGUUUCCCGUUAAUAAACAUAGAAAUAAAUGUCGAAAACAAUUGCAGAAUCUAAGAUAAAACGUGGUUUGCAGAAGGCAAAUUGUUUUUUGAUUGCGUUUUAUAAAGAAAUAUAAAGUGCAAUGGAAUUUUACUUAAAAAUGACGAUAUACGCCUUAUCUCAAGAUGUGGGUCAUCUUGUUUGGGAAAUCGAUGAAAACGUGCUGGCAGUGCCAAGUUUGCUGAUUCUCUUCGAUUUUCACCGCAUCGUUUGUCGGCCGUCUAUUUUAACAAAUGUAGGCAACACAUGUUACAGUCUGUUCAUUUCACUACAGUUCUAAGAAUGUUUUGUUUAUGUAAUUUCAACUUGCGUUUGGCCAAUAUUGAUUUUAGUUCAACUGUUUAUUCAAAUAUGAUUUUGUUGAUUUAAUUAUUGGUCUGUUUCAAGUAUAAAUCAGUGAAAUUGU